AUGGUACGGAUUAAGAAUCGAUACCUUCUGGUCAAUAUUCUCUACCCGGAACUGGAGAAAAAUACCGGCGGCAAAGAAAAACUACCAGAUGUAGUGGUGUUCAAUCAGCCAACCGUCGAUGCACUGACUUCGCGCGCACUACUGAGAGGUAUCCAACUGGAAGUUGCGAAUCUGUUUGGAGAUUAUGGAAGCGGUGCAAUUGCAGAUAGUAUUGCAGUAAAAUAUUUGUCAUCUGCGACGUCGACAUUUAUUCUACGGGUCUCGCGAGCGCAUUAUCGAAUUGUUUGGGCAGCUUUGUCGCUAAUGAAUAGCUUACCUAUUAAGAACGGUAAAAAUUGCGUUUUCAGAGUUGUGAGGGUUAGUGGAACGAUUAGAAAGGCAGAGGAAGAAGCUAUCAGAAGGGCGAGGGGGAUGAUAUUAAAAGCCCGCAGAGACCUGGGCGAACAAAGUGAAUCUACCUUGGAGAAGAUGUUUGGCACAAAGGGAGCUACGGCAGACUCUGCGAAAGAUCUCAUGAUGGUGGAUGCAGUGGAUAGUGAAGACGAUGAAGAAUUAAGUGAUGGAAAUGGUUGA